AUGGUGCUUCGAGAAACGGCGGAGGAAGCCCUGGCCACGUCGGGCCGCAGGCCGCCGGGCCAGCGCUGGGUGUGGAUGAACUUCGAGUCGCCCUCCCACUCCCCGGGACUGCGAAGCCUGGCAGGUCACCUCUUCAACUGGACGCUGUCCUACCGGGCCGACUCGGACGUCUUUGUGCCUUAUGGCUACCUCUACCCCAGGACCCAUCCCAGCGACCAGCCCCGAGGCCUGGUCCCCCCGCUGUCCCGGAAACGGGGGCUGGUGGCCUGGGUGGUGAGCAACUGGGACGAGCGCCAGGCCCGGGUGCGCUACUACCACCAGCUGCGCCAGCACGUGUCCGUGGACGUGUUCGGCAAGGGUGGGACCCGGCGGCCGGUGCCUGACAUCGGGCUUCUGCACACCGUGGCCCGUUACAAGUUCUACCUGGCCUUUGAGAACUCGCAGCAUCUGGACUAUAUCACGGAGAAGCUCUGGCGCAACUCGCUGUUGGCUGGGACCGUGCCGGUGGUGCUGGGCCCCGACCGUGCCAAUUAUGAGCGCUUUGUGCCCCGCGGUGCCUUCAUCCACGUGGACGACUUCCCUAGUGCCUCUGCCCUGGCCGCCUACCUGCUCUUCCUCGACCGCAACCCAACCGUCUACCGCCGGUACUUCCAUUGGCGCCGGAGCUACGCCGUGCACAUCACCUCCUUCUGGGACGAGCCUUGGUGCCGGGCCUGCCAGGCAGUGCAGAGGGCUGGCGACCGGCCCCAAAGCAAACGCAACUUGGCUCGCUGGUUCGAGCGGUGAAGCCACCCAGGGAGGUCCAGCCAUCCGCUUUUUGAUCCUCUGCUGUGCAUCUCCUUGAAUGCCGAAUCCUGGGAUGAAGGUUUUGCUUAUGGGAAAAAGGUGAUUUGCCAAUGGUACUCAGCACAAAGGCUGGGUGGGUAGGAUCCCCGUUCAGUUCUUGAUGUUUUUUUUUGCGCGAGUAGGAGUUGGGCUCUCUCUGCUGUUGAUGGGCAUCAGUGUUCAGGACUGAAGGGGUGUGGGGGGGUGUGUGGGGGGCGUCCUCCCCUUGUAACUUCACCAGUGCAGAGGUGAAGAAAUAGCUUAACUACAAGAAGCCAUUGAGUCAGUUGCUCUGAAUUUCCUCAUCUGCCACAGGUCAUAUUUGUGGCCUGUGCUGAGUCCAAAUGUCGGGACUGCUGCUCGUUUCACAUUUCACUGGACCAAGGUGCAGCAAACCCCUGGUUUUGGAAAGAUCCUUGUCAUUGGAUAGUGGACGGACUGUGGCUGUGGCCACAAGGAAGUCUUUCUCUUUGUUGGUUGAAUUCCUCAAAGCCUCAGCACCUAAGAAAGGUGAGGAGGGUCAUCCAAGAAUCCGUUGACUGUUUCUUAACAAGUACUGUUUGUUCCCCUGCCAGUGAAUGGAAACAAGAUGCUGGAUUGUCCUUGGAGAGGAGUUGAGGUGAAUAUAUAAGUGUACCUCUCUUUAUACAAAUGUGUUCUUGAAGAGCUGCUUUCCUUCUUUUUUUUAAUCCUCACCUGAAGAUAUGUUUAUUAUUAUUAUUGAUUUUAGAGAGAGG